AUGGAUUCGCGCAGAAAACUGACACAAUUCUCAAUUUUGACCAUUUGUUUGGUGGCUUUAUUGAUUGAAGGAGUUCCUGCAAAGAAUGGCAUUAAAAUAACCGCCAACACUGGUGUCGCUGCUGCCAAUGGCCUGUAUUACUACCUCAAAAACAUUGCCAACUGCUCCACUUCCUGGUCUGGAGACCAACUACACACCCUGCCUCUAGAUUCCUUGCCGAUGCCCGCUAAAGCUAUUGAAGUUGUCAUUCAAGACAAAUUUCGGUACUACCAAAAUGUGUGCACAGUGUCUUACUCUAUGGUCUGGUGGAGUUGGGCCAGGUGGGAGCGGGAACUGGAUUGGAUGGCACUGCGUGGUAUCAACUUGCCACUGGCAUUCAAUGGCCAAGAAAGCGUUUUCCGUCAAGUUUUCAUAAAUCACUUUAACAUGACAAAGGCGCAAGCUGAUAACUACUUUAGCGGACCUGCUUUCCUUGCAUGGAACCGAAUGGGCAACAUGCAAACUUGGUCUGGCCCGUUGUCCGAACACUGGCAUGAGCAGCAGGAAAAACUGCAAAAACAAAUUCUCGCUCGAAUGCGUGACUUUGGCAUGUACCCUGUGGUGCCAGGUUUUGCGGGUCAUGUUCCUAGAGAUUUAGUGAUCAAUUUGCCAAAAGCAAAGAUUGAUCGUUUACCCGACUGGGGUAGUUUUGGCACAAACUACAGCCACACAUACUUUUUGCAGCCUGAAGACCCAAACUUUAGUAAAAUCAACGAACUAUUCAUUCAAGAGUACAUUAAACUUUUUGGCACUGAUCAUUUCUACAACAUUGAUCUUUUCAAUGAGGAAACGCCCAGUCACUCAGAUCCUCAGUACUUGCACUCAGCGGGAAAAGGUGUUUACGACAGCAUUGUCAAGGCUGAUCCAAAUGGCAUUUGGGUAAUGCAGGGGUGGCUUUUUGUUAAUCAACCCGGUUUUUGGAAGCAACCGCAAGUGAAGGCAAUGGUGCAGUCAGUGCCUAUUGGAAAGCUCCUUAUUCUCGAUCUUUUCAGUGAUGUCAAGCCAAUCUAUUCUCAUUUCGAAGGCUACUACGGGCAACCGUUUAUUUUUUGCAUGCUUCACAAUUUUGGCGGAACUUUAGGAAUGUACGGCUCUAUCAACCGAAUCAACGCUGAAUUGUACACGGAUCGCAAGAAGUACUCUAACCUGCUUGGAAUUGGACUGACGCCCGAGGGCAUUGAACAGAACCCCGUAGCUUAUGAGUACAUGAUGGACACGACGUGGCACAGUUCCACACCGGAUAUGGCCAAGUGGUUCACUAACUACUCCGUUCGUCGGUAUGGACUGUACGACGCGCGACUGGACAAAGCUUGGCAACUGCUUCGAGUGAGCGUGUACACUGAUCCAAUUGGAGUGCACAACCACGGACAGUAUGCCAUCAAUAAAAGGCCAAAGAUCAGCUAUCACAGUCCAUUGUGGUACCAGCCAGCCAACCUGACUGAUGCGCUCAAAUUGAUGGCAGGGUAUUUGGAGGCUAACCCAGCCAUUGUCAACAAGUCUGAGACAUUUGUGUACGAUAUGGUUGACGUGUCUCGACAGGCACUUCAGCUCAUCUUUGACUACUAUCGUGAGCACCAAAUGUACCCGCAGUACGUCAAGCACGAGGUUGCCCAUUUGAAAACCACCAGCAAUCAGAUGUUGCAC